AUGCCUCAGGAUAUGCCGCCCACCGGCGGCUACGAGCCCGUCCAAUACAAGCGCAACUUGCCCGCCCGCGGUUUCCGUCCUGCCACCUACCUGCUCAUGGUCGGCGCCAUCUGCACCUACGGUUUCUGGCGCGUGGGCCAGGGCAUCCGCGAACAAAAGUAUGCAAACCAAUUCCGUACCUAG